AUGACUUCAUCGGACUACUUUGAUAAGAAAUGUAAUGAUUUUGAAAAUGCAGCCACAUAUAAUUAUGCACGCUCCGUGUUAGACGUGAAACAACAACAGGAGCAGGCAUCACCUAACGCAUCAUCCCCAACUUUGCGGCCCGUUGCUAAUCCAGCUGCUGAGAGCAACGGACCAACAGAAACGGCGAAUUUGAAAAACGUAAUUGGCUCAAUAACUGACAAAUAUUCACAUAUGGAAGUGAAAAUGAAUUUAAUUGAAAAACAACAAGCGAAGGUCAUUUAA